CGCUGGGGUGAGCGCGCGCCCACACAGCCGAGGAGUCACCGCUGCCGUCUCAGCGGGAGCCGUCUUUGCCCCUCCGGAGCAAGAGAUCGAAGGGGUCAAGGAUGGAGGAGGAAGAGGAGCCCGUGAGCCUUGACCCGGACUCACCCACCUCAGUCGAGCCCCACUCCAGCGAGCCAGACAAGGAGCUGGUGUCCCCAGAAGUGGCCACGGAGGCCACUGCCUCCAUCAUGGAGGAAGAGCCAGGCCCUGACUGGCCAGCCACACCCCCAGUGUGGGGACUUGGGGGGCCUGGAGGAGACGGCAGCCAACCCAUCCCUGGACCCAGCCCAGGCACAGCCUCCGGGACCAGUGAGGACCUGAGGCCUCCCAGGCGCCGCCCGCCACCAGGGAAGCAAGUGCCCUGCUCCAGUCCUGGCUGCUUCCUCAGUUUCCCCAGCGUGCGGGACCUGGCACAGCAUCUCCGGACCCACUGCCCACUCACACAGUCCCUGGAAGGCAAGCUGUUCCGCUGCUCGGCCCUGAGCUGCGCCGAGUCCUUCCCCAGCAUGCAGGAGCUGGUGGCGCACAGCAAGCUGCACCACAAGCCCAACCGCUACUUCAAGUCGCGCCGGCCCGCAGGGCACGCGGCCCCAAGCCGCAUUGUGUGGGAGCACACGCGGGGCCGCUACUCUUGCAUGCAGUGCGCCUUCUCCACGGCCUCGCGGCCCGCCAUGACGCUGCACCUGGAGGACCACCGCCCCGCAGCCCCCGCGCCCGGGCCGCCCCGUCCCGGCGGGCCGGCGGAGCCGGCCCUGUUUGCACCCAAAGUGUCGCCGCCACGGUCGUCUGAGGGUGACAGUCCGGUUUUCUUGCCUCUCUGAGCCGGGCCGCACUGGGGGAAGAGAGGCCUUGGGUAGUUUUGUAACCGGAGGGACAAUAAAGGAACCGCUAUGAGCCGGCCAGUGUGCGGGUCCCUUGCCCCUCUGGUUCCAGCAAACCUGACUAGCGGUCCUGGGCUCUCACAGCCAGCGAUGGAGGAAGGGGCGCUGUGAGCACAGAUAGAACCGUCCCUUACUUCCCACCGCCAGUUACCAGUCACAUCAAGGUCGAGACAGGCUUGUGUCCAGUGCUGCCUGGUGGCCAGCAUCUCGUGCCCAGACCCACCACGUCCAGAAACCAGGCAGGAGAGGAGUUUCCUGUCUUACUUGCAAACCAGCCCCAGGAGUUGGGACAGGCUAGGAGGCUGGGCGUAGAGAGUGUCAGGUCUGCCACCCAGGUCCAAGGCCCAUGCUCCGGAGUACUCUGGUGGUCAGUGGGUGGUACAGUCACCAGAGGCCGGGGCUUCAGCCCACCUUCCUCUUCACUGCCCUGCGUGACGUCACUCUCCCUUAGAAGUUCCCUUCUCCAACCCAAGCUCUUCGAAGGCAUGAGGUUGGCCAGCCGGGUCCAGGGGGCCUAGCCUUUACGGAAACCUCAGUGAGUCAGGACAGCCGGGCCUGGGCCUGGGCCUGUGCACAGGGCACUCUCUCACAUCCCUUUCCCACCGCCUUCCUUCCUCAGUCUGGGACCACAGCUUGCUUCUGCCAAAGACAAAAUGGGGCCCUCCCCUGUGCAUGGCGGCCCACACCCUCCUCCCGGUGAAAACCCUGCUCUCCAAGGUCCCCAUCCUGGACCUCUGCAUUAGGGCCCACACUCCCCCUGCCCCUGCUCUACAUCACCCUGGGCCAUAGCCACCUGGGUUCAGAAAGAUCCCAAAACCUCCACAGCCCAUCGCCUUUCUCCUCCCCUAGGCCUGCCUUCACCCCAUCUUCACCUCCUCAUCCUCAGGGUCUGCAGCCAGCAUGGCCCCUCCAGUUAAACCCCGACCCUGACCAUGCCACAGCUUGCUUGUCCCCCUCACUGCCUUCCCCACC